CGGUCAUGUGAUCAGCUGUGUCCAAUCACAGCUGAUCGCAUGGGACAUGUGCACUGAUCAUCAGGGCACUGAUGAUCAGUGUGCCCUGAUGAUCAGUGUAGCCCCAGCAGUGCCACCUGUCAGUGUCCAUCAGUGCCAGCUGUCAGUGCUCAUCCAUGCCAUCUGCUAGUGCCCAUCAGUGCCACAUCAAUGCCACAUAUCAGUGCCUACCAGUGCACAUCAAUUCCACAUAUCAGUGCCCAUCUGAGUGGCCUUUUAGUGUCUCCCAUCAGUGCCAAUCAGUGCCACCAAUCAAUGCCAAUCAGUGCCACCUAUCAGUGCUGCCAAUCAGU